AUGGCGUAUUAUGGAUCAAGGAUGUGAAUUAUUGUUAGAAUUUCGGACAUGUACCGAAACUCUUAAUAUUACCGCAUGUAUUCUGCCAAAAUCAAUUGAACUUUGGAAUAGUAUUGAAUUAUAUACAUGCCAAUUAUUAAUGCCAUCGAUUAAAGAAUAUAAAAGUUGUUUUGCAAAUGCUCGAAAUGAACAAUGUCCAAUUGACAAUGCUAUCAAUAAUAAGCAUGAACCAGCAAUAUGUCGUAUUCUAUCAUCGAUAAGAUCUGAUUUACGUUGUGUUCAAAGAAAUGCUCGAAAUAGCUGUACAACAAAUGCUUUAGAAAUGAUUGAACCACUUGCAAGUGAAACGGAUCAUACGUAUACACAAUUGACUUGUGCUUAUAUUGCAUUAUCUUCAUCUGCUAAAUCUACGGGUGCAGUUAGUACCAGCUUAAAAGAUGAUGGCAUACCAUACAACAUACUAUAUGUGUUUAGUAAUGUUAAUAAGAUUUGUUCACAAAUUAUUGAUGAAGCAGAAUUGAAACCAAUCUAUCGUGUCAUUUGUGAGCAUCAAAAUGAAUUAUUACAACAAAAAGAAUGUUUUAUUAAUGGUUCAUUAGGUUUAGCUCGAUGUAAUCAAAAG